CAGUCGCUCGUUCGGCAGCGGCGGGUCAAGAUGGCGGCGCGGACUAUGCAAGCAGCAAGAUGUCCUACGGACGAACUCUCAUUAAGCAACUGUGCCGUGGUCAACGAGAAGGACUUCCAAUCUGGCCUGCAUGUUGCCGUGAGGACAUCCGCAAACCACAAAUACGUUUUCACACUACGGAGCCACCAGUCAGUCGUUCCUGGCACCAUUGCUUUCAGUUUGCCUCAGAGAAAAUGGGCUGGACUCUCCAUUGGGCAAGACAUAGAUGUUUUCCUGUAUAACUUUGAUAAGACCAAGCAGUGCAUUGGUACUAUGACCAUUGAGAUAGACUUCCUUCAGAAGAAGAGCGUUGACUCCAACCCUUAUGAUUCGGACAAAAUGGCGGCAGAGUUCAUCCAGCAGUUCAACAACCAGUCAUUCACAGUUGGGCAGCAGCUUGUGUUUAGCUUUAAUGACAAGCUUUUUGGCCUCUUUGUCAAGGACAUUGAAGCCAUGGACCCCACCAUCCUCAAAGAAGAGCCUGCCUCAGGCAAGAAGCAGAAGAUUGAUGUUGGUCUUGUGGUUGGGAACAGUCAAGUGGCGUUUGAAAAGGCAGAGAGCUCUUCUCUCACUCUCAUUGGCAAAUCCAAAACCAGAGAAAACCGCCAGUCGAUCAUCAACCCUGACUGGAACUUUGAGAAGAUGGGCAUUGGGGGCCUCGACAAGGAAUUCUCUGACAUCUUCCGGCGGGCGUUUGCCUCCCGAGUGUUUCCACCAGAGAUUGUGGAGCAAAUGGGCUGUAAGCACGUGAAGGGCAUCCUCCUAUAUGGGCCCCCUGGCUGUGGGAAGACCCUUAUGGCCAGACAGAUCGGCAAGAUGCUGAACACCAGAGAGCCCAAAGUCGUGAAUGGUCCUGAAAUCCUAAACAAAUACGUUGGCGAGUCGGAGGCCAACAUUCGAAAGCUCUUCGCAGAUGCAGAAGAGGAACAAAGGAGGCUUGGCGCAAACAGUGGCGUCCACAUUAUAAUUUUUGAUGAGAUCGAUGCCAUCUGCAAGCAGCGAGGGAGCAUGGCCGGGAGCACCGGCGUCCACGACACUGUUGUCAACCAGCUGCUUUCGAAAAUUGAUGGGGUCGAGCAGUUGAACAACAUCUUGGUCAUUGGUAUGACCAACAGGCCGGACCUGAUAGAUGAGGCUCUUCUGCGACCUGGACGCCUGGAGGUGAAAAUGGAGAUAGGUUUGCCAGAUGAAAAGGGUCGAAUGCAGAUUCUGAACAUCCACACGUCCAGGAUGCGCACCCACCAGCUGCUAGCGACUGAUGUGGAUAUUGCGGAGCUGGCUGUGGAGACCAAGAACUUCAGUGGCGCCGAGCUAGAGGGCCUGGUUCGUGCGGCACAGUCCACCGCUAUGAACCGACACAUCAAGGCCAGUACCAAAGUGGAAGUGGAUAUGGAGAAAGCAGAAUCCCUGCAGGUGACAAAGGAUGACUUCUUUGCUUCCCUGGAUAAUGACAUCAAGCCGGCAUUUGGGACCAAUCAAGAGGAUUAUGCCAGCUACAUCAUGAACGGCAUCAUCAACUGGGGGGACCCCGUCACCCGGGUCCUGGACGAUGGGGAGCUUCUUGUGCAGCAGGCCAAGAACAGUGACCGGACCCCCUUGGUCAGCGUCCUCUUGGAAGGUCCCCCACACAGUGGAAAGACAGCCCUGGCUGCAAAAAUUGCAGAAGGAUCCAAUUUCCCCUUUAUCAAGAUCUGCUCUCCCGAUAAGAUGAUCGGCUUUUCAGAAACUGCCAAGUGCCAGGCCAUGAAGAAGAUCUUUGACGAUGCUUACAAGUCUCAGCUCAGCUGCGUGGUGGUGGAUGACAUCGAAAGACUCUUAGAUUACGUUCCAAUAGGGCCACGAUUCUCCAACUUGGUGUUACAAGCUCUGCUGGUGUUGCUGAAGAAGGCGCCACCUCAUGGUCGCAAGCUCCUCAUCAUCGGGACCACCAGCCGCAAGGAUGUCCUGCAAGAGAUGGAGAUGCUGGAUGCCUUCAGCACGAUGAUCCACGUCCCCAACAUUGCCACGGGAGAUCACCUGAUAGAAGCUCUGGAGCUCCUGGGCAGCUUCAAGGACAAGGAGCGCAGCGCCAUCGCCCAGAGUGUCAAAGGGAGGAAAGUGUGGAUCGGGAUCAAGAAGCUGCUGAUGUUGAUCGAGAUGUCGUUACAGAUGGAACCUGAGUACCGUGUGAGAAAAUUCCUGGCACUUCUGAGAGAAGAAGGAGCGUAA